CCGACAGUUUAAAUUCGACAUUCGUUGUAAUCAUUACGAGAACCAACGAAACGACAAAUCUCAAAAUGUCUCUGCUACCAUUUUUCGACGACUUCAACCAUCUCUAUCGUCCAACCAGACUUUUGGACCAGCAUUUCGGCUUGGGAUUGACACCAGAAGAUCUGCUCGAACCGCUGACAGUUUCCAGGCAUUUGGCCCGUUGUCCUGCAGGUUACAUGAGACCCUGGAGAUCUGCAGCCUCUCAUUUGGACGAGGGAUCGACCAUUCAAUUUGGCAAGGAUAAAUUCAACGUAAAUCUGGAUGUGCAACAGUUCAAACCCGAGGAAAUCAAGGUCAAAGUUAUCGGCAACAAUACUUUGAUGGUUGAGGCUAAGCAUGAAGAAAAGGAGGAUGAGCACGGUUACAUUUCAAGGCACUUCGUAAGGAAAUACGUGGUACCAAAGAACUAUGAUAUUAGUCAAGUAAAUAGUAAACUUUCCUCCGAUGGAGUUCUAAGCAUUUCUGCUCCGAAUACUGAAGACAAAGCUAUCGAACACCGGGAGAUUCCAAUUGAAAACACCGGAGAACCCGCCAGGAAAAUUGAUCAGAAGAAAACAGUUGAGAAUUAAUUAUUUAAAACACAUAUGUUCUGUGUACAUUAUUUGCUGUAACAUUCUAAUUUAAGACUGAAUUUAAUGUAUUUGUUAUGUGACAGUAUUAGAUUGUUGAUUAUUUUUAAUUUUAAUUUUGUAUUAAGUUUUAAAUAAAAAAGGGUUCUGUGAAAAA